UAUCUAAUGGCUCUUUUUUUGUUUCUGUCGCAGAAUUGGAAUAUGGCAACUCAUAUGAAAUAGAAUAUAUGGAGAAAAUAGGUUCCUCUGUGCCUCAGGAUGAUAGCACCCUGAAGAAACAAUCUUUAUACCUAAUGUUUGAUGCACAGCAAGAGAGCCCAGUCAAAUCGCCUCCCGUCAGACUGUCCGAUUCCACCACGCCAUGCUCAGGGUCAAGUUUUGAAGACCCUGAAGCCCAGCAAUCCUCUGGAAUGAAAAUACAACAUCCAGCUUCUCGAGUCCUUGCUGCCAGCCAAGAGGCACACUUACAGUCACCAGACAAGUCCAAACAGAAGGACUUAGAGCCCAUGACACUAGGAACAACCCCAGAGACGAUUGAAAUAACAUCUCCUGAAGACUCCUUUGUCUCUGCUGAUGCUCUUCUCAACAGGAUAUCUAAGAAAACAUCAAUAUGUGAUCAACCUGAAUAUCUAGAUCCUGACUUAGCUGAAAAGAACCCCCCAGUAUUUGCUCAAAAACUUCAGGAGGAGUUAGAGUUUGCUGCAAUGAGGAUAGAAGCACUGAAGUUAGCCAGGCAGAUUACCCUGUCUUCUUUCCGCUCCUUAGAUGCCGAGAGAGAACCUGCUAUCCCAGCAGAUGUUUCCAUCUCUAAAAGUGUGCUGUACUCACGGAUCGGCGCUUCGGAUGCAGAAGGCACCACGAGUCUUCUCUACCCCCAGCAAGACUUGGAUGCUGCACUACGACUUGCCAGAGCAGAGAUUGUGGCCAAGGAAAGAGAAGUAUCUGAGUGGAAAGAGAAAUAUGAAGAAAGCAGAAGGGAAGUGAUGGAAAUGAGGAAAAUAGUUUCAGAAUAUGAGAAGACGAUUGCUCAGAUGAUAGAGGACGAGCAGAGAGAGAAGUCUGUCUCCCAUCACACUGUUCAGCAGCUGAUCGUGGAGAAGGAGCAAGCGCUGGCAGAUCUGAACUCGGUGGAGAAAUCCCUGGCAGAUCUUUUCAGGAGAUAUGAAAAAAUGAAGGAAGUGUUGGAGGGGUUUCGAAAGAACGAAGAAGUAUUAAAGAAAUGUGCGCAAGAGUAUUUAUCACGAGUAAAGAAAGAAGAACAGAGGUAUCAAGCACUCAAAAUCCAUGCUGAGGAAAAACUGGACAGAGCCAAUGCUGAAAUUGCACAAGUGAGAGGCAAGGCUCAGCAAGAGCAAGCAGCGUAUCAGGCCAGCCUUCGUAAAGAGCAGCUGAAGGUGGAUGCAUUGGAAAGAACACUGGAACAAAAGAAUAAAGAGAUAGAAGAGUUAACAAAGAUUUGUGACGAACUGAUUGCCAAAAUGGGGAAAAGCUAACUUUUAACCAAAUUUCUGGACUUCAACACUGAGUGCAAUAUGACCAUUGGCACACUGAUGUCCAUACAUUUAUGUGGACGGGUUAUAUUUUCACCUUUUCGUAUGCACUACUGUAUUUUCUUUCUAAAUAAAGUUGAUUUAAUUGUAUGCAGUACUAAGAUGAC